AGGUCACUGCCGACAACCAGUUGCGCUUUUGGGGCCAGCUGCACAUAAUAUUGUACAUGUAUAUAGGCAUUGUUAGAAAUAUUUGGGGGUCGGUACCUGAAAAUCGCGAGAUAAACUUCCGCCAUUUCGAGUUUAUUCUGUCACCAGGUUGGGUCAUGCGAGCAUGUUUAUCUCAACGUAGCUGUUUUGAGUACAGAGGGCCGAGUGUGGAGUGUGGGCACAUGAGCCAGGAGGGUAUUCCUACAACUUCAGAAGCAAGGACAGCGGUGCAAGCCCAUCUGCGCAUCAAGCACCCAAGUUGCCCUCGGCAUCAUGGGUAUGCAGGCUCCAUGUUGAUGCACCUACUCGACGCUUGGACGUCAGUUUCUUCACAGCCAUGUUGAUGGAUAGAUGCCCCCUGGCCUCAGGCCAGGAGGUCGUCACGCGCCACCUACACUUGCCAGUUCUCAUCGCCUUCUGGGUCAUGUACCCAUUGCCCCUGUAUAGCAUGUACAUCCACCGGCAGGAGUACGCCACCAAUCAAGAUGACACCGAGUCCACCACCGCCUCGGACAUGCAGGCCACGCUGUCAUGGGCGGUCAAAUUCCGGACCGCCCCCCAUAGGAAGACCGCCCAUAGGACAGACUACGACGAGAAUGCUCAUCGGAUAGCCAAAGAGGUCGACCUACUUAACGAUGGCCAGGUUGGCGAGUUACUUAACCACUACCUCUUUGUGCACACCAGCUACAAUGCCUCACUGAAUGGUACGGACGACCAAGAAUUGAGACGGAUCCAAGAGGCGACCGAGAACAAGUUGAGGAGGCAUCCCGACGUGGAGUGGUUUCACCAACAGCAGAUUCGGCGACGGACAAAGCGUAGCUUACAUUUCACGGAUCCUUCAUAUCCCAUGCAAUGGCAUUUGCAUAAUCAUAAAACCCCGGGUAUGGACAUUAAUGUGACUGAAGUCUGGAAUCACAACAUAACAGGCACUGGAGUGGUGGUUGCUGUUAUUGACGAUGGUCUGGAGUGGAGAAAUGAAGACAUUUUAGCCAACUAUAAUGCGAAAGGCAGCUGGGACCUCAACAACAAUGAUCCGGACCCCAUGCCGGAGGUUCACAAAGAUGAUGGGAAGUCUCUCAACCGCCAUGGCACCCGCUGUGCAGGAGAAAUUGCUGCUGUCGCCAAUGACAAGUGUGCCGUCGGCGUGGCCUUCAACGCACAGAUCUCUGGUAUCAGGCUUUUGGAUGGACCAAUGACAGACAGUCUAGAGGCAACUGCAUUCAACAAAAACAUGCAUAUUAAUGACAUCUACAGCUGCAGCUGGGGUCCGGACGAUGAUGGCAAGACGGUGGACGGCCCUCACCCUCUGGCACAGGCUGCUCUGAAGCAUGGUGUCACAGCUGGACGCAGAGGCCUCGGUAGCAUCUUUGUGGUUGCUAGUGGCAACGGUGGACGCAACGAGGACAACUGUAACUAUGAUGGCUAUGCAAACUCCAUGUACACCGUAACGAUAGGUGCUGUGGAUGAAUCAGGCCAGAUGCCUUAUUAUGCAGAGCAGUGUGCUUCCAUGCUCGCCGUUACCUUCAGCAGCGGCGCCACCAACAGACGGAACAUCGUGACAACUGACUGGACCUUAGCCAAGGGGACGGGCUGUACAACCAGCCACACAGGGACCUCGGCGGCUGCUCCACUAGCAGCUGGCAUGAUAGGACUGAUGUUACAGGCUAAACCUUGCCUGACCUGGAGAGAUAUACAGCACAUCAUCAUCUACACGGCUGUCAAGAUUGAUGAGAAGAACGCCGUGUGGAUAACCAACGCCGGGGGCUUUCACCACUCACACAAGCACGGCUUUGGUCUGAUGAGUGCCUGGCGACUGGUGAAUGCAGCCAAGGCGUGGCACACUGUACCAUGGCUGACUUCCAUCGAAGGCAUCACCAUGACAGAGAAUGAACCCAUCCUGGCCGGCAAGACACUGACAGUGGCCCAAACAGUUUCCAACGCCUCAGCUGAGAGGAAUGAACUCAGGAGCCUGGAGCAUGUCCUGGUGACGGUGUCGCUGACCCAUUCCAAACGAGGGAUGCUGGAGGUCCACCUCCUCUGCCCAAGCGGAACGGAGUCUGUCAUCGGCGCUCGAAGGAAGAAGGACGAAUCACCAGAAGGCCUGAAGAGCUGGACGUUUUCCACCGUCAGGUGCUGGGGGGAGAAUCCUGUGGGGGAAUGGAAGCUAGUGAUAUCGGAUAACCGUAAGUUACCCAGUGGGGAAGGAAGGGGGCAUGGAAGCUGGUCAUAUCGGAUAACCGUAAGUUACCCAGUGGGGGAGGAAGGGGCAUGGAAGCUGGUCAUAUCGGAUAACCAUCCUGGUAAAUUCUCCAACAAGGACGUCCAGAAAGGGAAGCUUCAGUCCUGGAAACUAACACUGUACGGGUCCAACAUGAAUCGCCAAGAAAUAGAAAAGAGGAAAGUUCUGGUCUCUGAAGCCAUGAGUGGCAUAUUCCUUGAUGCCAACCUGUCAGAGCCGUGCUCCUAUUACUGGAAUGUCAGCUAUGGGGAAGAAAGUCUUCUGUCGUCCCGCGUGAUGGAGGUUCUUCUCUACCUGAGUGGCAUAUUCACCCUCAUGGCCAUAUAUUACACCCUGGAGCAAGCCUUCUGCAAUUACGAGGACAAGGCCAAGGACAAACAGGAAGGCAGCGACAGCGAGGAUCUGGAAAGCGGACACGAUAGGAGGCAUCCUGGAGGGGACGGUGAAGAGAGGACCCACCUGCUGGAGGAGUUUCAGCUAGAGACACUGGGCGGGGAUCAGGUAUCCAAGAAUUCAGGGAGGCACACAGGGCAUAGCAGGCACCUCACAGAGGCGCAGGCAGCGGGAGGUAGUGAGAUUCCAAAAGGCAGAGCUAACACUGAAAGCAAACUUGAAGGACAAGCACACCUUGUAGGCAAUGUGUUGAUUACAGAUCAGAGGCAUACGGGAACUGUCAGACAUGAACAGAAACUUCAGGGAGAUAAAGACGCUCGUAGGGGUAGUGAUACCACGAGGCUGAAUCACAGGGAAGAAAGUGUGGGCAGUGACCACGGGACACCUCGUGCAUGUCAGAAGGAGCAGACUGGUGGGCUACCCAAUGUGACAUGUUCUUGUGAGAUUUCAUCUGAGGUUCACCGAAGACUUUCACUAAGCGGAAAUCCUGCAGUGACAUGGAACCCUGGGAAAGAGUUCGAGUCUGUACACACGCACUGUCCCCAGUGCCAGAAAUCCCAAGUGCAAUAUAGCGACGUGCCCUCGCAGGACCACCAAUCUUCUUCCAGGGAUUUGAGUGCGAAAACAAAUGUGCCUGUCGUUGAGGAGGUGCCUUCCCAGCAUGCCUUUUCUUUUACCAAACACAGAGAUGCGCAAUCCCAGCCCCUCCAAUCACCACCCGUAGGUUUCGACUGUGAGAGACUUUCAUCCAUGACGUCCACCGCUGGUCAGUUUGCUGAAAGAGGCCGGCUGAACUCGGCAACAGGACACCUGCUCGGGAGGGUGGACAGGGUCGACUCGGUCUGUGCCAGUCCAGAAACCCUGAUCCCUCCACCAGGCGGUGUUCCAUUAAGUGCAAUGACUGGACUGAACCAGUCUGGUUCCAAGAGGCACUGGAGUGAUUUGUCUGUAUGUAGUAUCUCUGCUGACCAUUCAUAUCACAGUGGCAAACAUGAACCAACUCAGAAGAGUCCAACUGGAGGAGAGAGACACUUGACAAGAGCUCAGGACCAGAGGCCAUUUUUACAACCACCAUUUUUUCAAGACUGACGGCUGUUUUCGAAGGCCACGCAUUGUAUGUAUUAAAACAAAAUCCCCUGUAACAUCAGUGACCUAUGUACAUGUACCAGACCUAGUGCAGGAUGAUUUGCUUGGAUUUUUCCCCUAUGUUCAAGUAGUUGCAUGUACUUCAAUAUUUUAAACUUGACAUUCAAUAGUUCCCUUAGUUGAUAAAAGGAAAAAAAAUGGAGAAAUAGGAAGGUAAUAUGUACCCGCACGUGUAUAUCAUUGUCUGGCCUGUUGUCGGAUUUGCUUACUGUGAUGGUUUUCAUUAGGGACUUGCUUGCAAGCUCACAGUUCUUUGCAGUUUUUCCAGGAACCCGAAUAACCCUACAAAGUCCUGCACUGAGCAAAAAAAGUAUUAAGUGGCACAUCUUUCAUUUGUGCACUUAAGUGCAGCUGCGACGAAUUUGUCUUAAGACACCAUUCUUGUACAACUUCCUACUCUUCCACAGUGUGGGAAAGGUAUAUUACGUCCCGGUUUGGUUAAGUGCAUUGAAAAGUGCACUUUCCAAAAAUAAGCCUUCAAAAUUGUCCAUGCUUUCCUUGACAAGUGAGGGCGCUGUUGCUGUGAUGUCAUCCAGGGAAGACUUAAUAGUUCAGUGCAUAGGUCUGUGUUCAUAUUGUUAAACCAGGAUGUGGUCAAUUUAAACACACCCGAGGAAGAGUUGAUUGCUUGCACUUAUACGGUAUGUGCAUACUGCCCUGUCAGUCCUCUAACAAUGUAUCACUAAAGAAGAGAAAAUCUAGUCCAGCAAAAUCUUUAAAAAUGCAGGAGUUUUUGUGUACAAACCAAUGUAAAUGUAACACUCAGACUUUCCUUCCUUGGAUGACAUCACAGUUUUGUCCAAAAUACAUGUACAUGUAUGUAUAUGUAUACUCCACCACAUAAGGGUCAUUCUAUGAGGUUGGUGCACAAUUUGUGACGGUGUCCUUUGUUGCGUGGAUUCUGUAAAAACAGCUAUUUCCCUGCAUGUGGAUUCCAAGUUACGCAUCUUGCACGGCUGAAUACAGAGGUGUGUGUUCUUUUACAGAGUAAGUGACCUACGUGUACUCUACAGGUCAUGACAGAUGGUAAAAGUUACCCAUGCAACAAGGACACUGUCACAAAUUGUGCCUCAACUUUACGGAAUGACCCGUUUAACUUAGACACAAAGGUGCAUUUAGAAGGUUUGUAUUUAAAAAAAAAUUCCAUUGUGGUUACCCUUUAAACUUGGAAGGGACAUGAAAUUUCGUGUGAGUAAUUAUGAAGAAGCAGUUCCUUCCACAUUUGUACGGUCUUGCAACUAUAUCCAAAACAGGACGGAUUUUAAAGGAUCUUCAAGGAUCACAGAAGUUCAGGGUUGAAGUUAUGAAAGAAAUUGCCUCAAUUUUCUGUAGAAGACAGCAGGGUUUGACCUUGAUGGAGAAAUGAUUAAAAUAGGACAGUUACAUUCAUGUACUGUACCUGUUAUGGUGUGGUCUAUGGACCUGCAGACAUAUACAUGUAGAGUAACGAAAUGAGUAUGUCACGUGCUCAAUUGUGUGUAAGAGACAUUAGCAGGAGAACCAGCCCGUGAACUUACAUGGGCACAUACUCCAUCCGUUUGCACUGCACCCCCUGGUUCAAAAUGAGGUCGUACUUCGGUACUCUAUAGAGGCUGAAGGUAUCAAGUGUGUGAUUUCUCCUCUUCAGAACCACUGAGUCAUUGAUACAGAUGUCCGUUUACUUUUUAAUGAUAAAAUGCAAUUGGCUCUCACCACUCAUCUAGAAGUUGCAGGCUUGCUAUGAAGUCAUGGCUAUGGCUAUAAAGGUACGCGUGCACAUAUGGAUGACACAGGGUAGCAGCCGCAGCCGUUUUUCAUAGAUAAUUGCGUUACUCAGGCACAGGUAGUGGUUUAAGGUGAUAUACUCUGAGCUGACAUUUUAAAGGGCCCAUGUAGUGUAAUUUCUUAAAUGGUGAUUUUUUGUAAUUGCUCGAUGUUGUGCUAGUUAGGGAGCCUCUCAAAAUUUGGAACGCUGUCACUGGAAUACGGCCUUUUCACAAUCGGGCGCCUCCAAGAGUUUGCCACGCAUUGGCCAAUCACAACGCUCGAAAUUUGUCGACCCUUUUUA